AUGACACUAUACAGGCAGCAGGAGCGGGCCGUGGCGGAGAGGGUGGGCACCGGAGAUAUAUCACAACCACCAACAACACUGUUGUUGGUGGUUGUGAUAUAUCCCCUCCACCCCACCCACCCCUCCCCUUUUUGUUUUCCUUUUGUAGGUGACGAGCUCGGGAGGGGGAGGGCUGCAGGGAUGAGGUGGCUGCACGGGACGCUGAGUGAGACCAUACGUGAUGCGAGUGGACCGGAGAACGGAUGA